UAUAUAUAGAAAUCCCCAAUUAAUUUUAAGAAAUUUCUCGAUUCAAUUACCUUAUAACGACGUCGUUUAUGGCGCUCCGGACCGGAAUUCCAGGCCAAUUUGUGGCCGCCGCCGUGCUGGUAAUCCUCUCCACGGCGGCGGAUCCCGCCGACGAGCGGUGCUUGACUCACCUGAGCCAAUCCUUGGAAGAUCCUCAGAAGAACCUCCGGAACUGGACUAAAUCAGCUCUCGCCAAUCCCUGCCAUGGAUUCGAUUCUCUCCUCGCCGGAAUCACCUGCAACAAUGGCCGGAUUUUCCGGCUGUCGCUGCCGAGCCUCUCCCUGAAAGGCACAAUCUCGCCGUUCAUCUCCAAUUGCACAAAUUUGCAAACCCUAGAUCUCUCCUCCAACUCAAUCUCCGGCGCCAUCCCGCCGGAUCUGCAGUACCUGGUCAACCUGGCCGUGCUGAAUCUCUCCGGAAACCGCCUCGCCGGAGAAAUCCCCGGGCAGCUGGGGCAGUGCGGGUAUCUGAACGUAAUCGAUCUCCACCGGAACCGGCUCUCCGGCGGGAUUCCGCAGCAGCUGGGGAUGCUGGGGCGACUCUCGGUGUUCGACGUGUCGGAGAACCGGCUUUCCGGGUUGAUACCCGGUUCGCUGGGGAACCGGAGCCGGUUCAACGCGAGCUCGUACGAAGGGAAUAAGAAGCUGUACGGGUACCCGCUGGGCCCGAUUAAGAGCAAAGGGCUGUCGAUUGUGGCGAUUGUGGGAAUCGGGCUGGGCAGCGGGCUGGGCAGCCUCGUCAUCAGUUUUACUGCGGUCUGUGUUUGGUUAAGAAUUAGUGACCGCAAAAUGGAAACAUAUGACAACAAGAAUAACCAUUCCAUGCCUCACUAUUAAUUAAUUAAGCCUAGUCCUAUUUUAUUUUAUUUUUUUGUGGGGAAAAUUAUAUUGAUUGGUGUUUAUUAGAAGUUGCUUUUUUGACCCAUCAACCUUUUUAUUUUCCCUUUUAUUUUAUUUUAGUUAGGUAGAAUUGUGUAUACGAUUUAUUGUGUGAUUGUGAUUGUGAUUGCCUCAUGUGUAGCUAUGAAAUAAGCCCAUUUUA